GAACAGGGACUUGGCCAUCUCAGGCUCUUGUUCCGACACCCGCGCCCCCCGCCCCCGCCCAAGACCUCCCGGCCCAGUUCUGCGGCUGGUACUUCCUUUGCCCCUCACCCCGCGUGUGGCCAUUUAUAGCCUGGAAAGUGCUUUCACAGCCAGCAUUUCAAAGGAUGCUGGAGCGGAGCCGCUGGGAGCAGCUGCAGGGUUUAAAGAAGUGCAGAGGGGGGUGCACAUAGGACGGCAGCCAGUGUGCCCAGGCCCGCUUGCGGUUCUGUUUCCUGGCCCCUCAGCCUUGCAGGCUAGAGAAGAGCCCAUUCUGAGGGAGCAGGACGGAGCCUGCUCUGCGAGCCAAGGUGGGGCUGUCAGGAUGGAGCCGGCCAUGCUGAGGCGUCGGGAUGGAGCCGGCUCCAGGCAGGAGGAUGGCUUCGGGGUGCAGCCCAGGAGGGUGGCUGACCUGGGCAUGGUCCCCAACCUCCGGCAAAGCAGCAGCAGUCUCUGCAGGAGCAGGAGGUCGCAGUACCCCUUCGGCAACUGUGAAAAGCAAGGAAACCUUAGUUCAUGGAUUCCUGAGAAUAUCAAGAAGAAAGAAUGCAUGUACUUUGUGGAAAGCUCCAGACUGUCCGAUGCUGGGAAGGUGGUGUGUGAGUGCGGCUACAUGCGUGAACAGCACUUGGAGGAGGCCACCAGGCCCCACGCCUUCCAGGGCAAGGAGUGGGACCCGAAAAAGCACGUCCAGGAGAUGCCAACAGACGCCUUUGGUGACAUCGUCUUCACGGGCUUGGGCCAGAAGGUGGGAAAGUACGUCCGCCUGUCCCAGGACACGCCCUCCAGCCUGAUCUACCACCUCAUGACCCAGCACUGGGGCCUGGACGUCCCCAACCUUCUCAUCUCCGUGACGGGCGGGGCCAAGGACUUCAACAUGAAGCCCAGGCUGAAGAGCGUCUUCCGAAGAGGCCUGGUCAAGGUGGCCCAGACCACAGGGGCCUGGAUCAUCACCGGGGGGUCCCACACGGGCGUGAUGAAGCAGGUGGGAGAGGCGGUGCGCGUCUUCAGCCUGAGCAGCAGCUACAGCGAAGGGGAGGUGGUCACCAUCGGGAUCGCCACGUGGGGCACCUUGCACAAGCGGGAGAGCCUUAUCCACCCCGCGGGCGGCUUCCCAGCUGAGUACAUCAUGGAUGAGGACGGCCAGGGGCACUUGACCUGUCUGGACAGCAACCAUUCCCACUUCAUCCUUGUGGACGACGGGACCCAUGGCCGCUACGGCGUCGAGAUUCCCCUGAGGACGAAGCUAGAGAAGUUCAUAUCGGAGCAGACCAAGGAAAGGGGAGGUGUGGCCAUCAAAAUCCCCAUCGUCUGCGUGGUGCUGGAGGGGGGACCCGGCACACUGCACACCAUCUACAAUGCCAUCACCAACGGCACCCCAUGCGUGAUCGUGGAGGGUUCGGGACGAGUGGCUGACGUCAUUGCCCAGGUGGCCAGCCUGCCCAUCUCCGAGAUCACCAUCUCCCUGAUUCAGCAGAAGCUGGGCCUGUUCUUCCAGGAGAUGUUCGAGACCUUCACCGAAAGCAGGAUUGUGGAGUGGACCAAAAAGAUCCAAGACAUUGUCCGGAGGCGGCAGCUGCUCACCGUGUUCCGGGAAGGCAAGGAUGGCCAGCAGGACGUGGAUGUGGCCAUCCUGCAGGCCUUGUUGAAGGCCUCUCGGAGCCACGACCACUUUGGCCACGAGAACUGGGACCACCAGCUGAAGUUAGCAGUGGCGUGGAACCGCGUGGACAUCGCCCGGAGUGAGAUCUUCACGGACGAGUGUCAGUGGAAGCCCUCAGAGCUGUACCCCAUGAUGACGGCCGCCCUCAUCGCCAACAAGCCCGAGUUCGUAAAGCUCUUCCUGGAGAACGGGGUGCGGCUGAAGGAGUUCGUCACGUGGGACACGCUGCUCUACCUGUACGAGAACCUGGAGCCCACCUGCCUGUUCCACUACAAGCUGCAAAAGGCGCUGGCCGAGGAGCCCGAGCGCCCGGCGCCCCGUGUGCAGAUGCACCACGUGGCCCAGGUGCUGCGGGAGCUCCUGGGGGACUCCACGCAGCCGCUGUACCCCCGGCCCCGCUCCAGCGACCGCCCGCGCCUCCUGCUCGCGGUGCCCAACAUCAAGCUCAGUGUGCAGGGAGUGAGUCUCCGGUCCCUGUACAAGCGUUCCUCAGGCCACGUGGCCUUCACCGUGGACCCUGUCCGUGAUCUGCUCAUUUGGGCCAUCAUCCAGAACCGCCGGGAGCUGGCAGAAAUCAUCUGGGCUCAGAGCCAGGACUGCAUCGCUGCGGCCUUGGCCUGCAGCAAGAUCCUGAAGGAGCUGUCCAAGGAGGAGGACACGGACAGCUUGGAGGAGAUGCUGCUGCUGGCUGACGAGUUUGAGCAGAGAGCCAUCGGGGUCUUCACCGAGUGCUACCGCAAAGAUGAGGAGAGAGCUCAGAAGCUGCUGGUCCGCGUAUCGGAGGCCUGGGGCAAGACCACCUGCCUGCAGCUGGCCCUGGAGGCCAAGGACAUGAAGUUCGUGUCUCACGGGGGCAUCCAGGCCUUCCUGACCAAGGUGUGGUGGGGUCAGCUCUGCGUGGACAACGGGCUCUGGCAGCUGGCCCUGUGCAUGCUGGCCUUCCCGCUGCUCUACACGGGCCUCAUCUCCUUCAGGGACAGGCGGCUGCAGGCCGAGGGGGGCCUGGCCCGCAUCCGCGCCUUCUUCAGCGCGCCCGUGGUCGUCUUCCACCUGAACAUCCUGUCGUACUUCGCCUUCCUCUGCCUCUUCGCCUACGUGCUCAUGGUGGACUUCCAGCCCAGGCCCUCGGGCUGCGAGUGCCUCAUCUACCUCUGGCUCUGCUCCCUGGUGUGCGAGGAGCUGCGGCAGCUCUUCUACCACCCGGACGAGUGUGGCCUGAUGAAGAUGGCGCUCCUGUACUUCAGCGAUUUCUGGAACAAGCUGGACAUCUGUGCUAUCCUGCUCUUCAUGGCGGGGCUGAUUUGCCGGCUCGUCCCCUCGCUGCUGUACCCCGGGCGCAUCGUCCUCUCCCUGGACUUCAUCAUGUUCUGCUUGCGUCUGAUGCAUAUUUUCACCAUCAGCAAGACGCUGGGGCCCAAGAUCAUCAUCGUGAAGCGGAUGAUGAAGGAUGUCUUCUUUUUCCUCUUCCUGCUGGCCGUGUGGGUCGUGUCCUUCGGGGUGGCCAAGCAGGCCAUCCUCAUCCACAACGAGAGGCGGGCGGAGUGGAUCUUCCGGGGGGUCGUCUACCACUCGUAUCUCACCAUCUUCGGGCAGAUCCCGGCCUACAUCGACGGCGUGAACUUCAACCUGGACCAGUGCAGCCCCAAUGGCACCGACCCCUACAAGCCCAAAUGCCCCGAGAUCGACGCGACCCAGCGGGAGCCCGCCUUCCCCGAGUGGCUGACCGUCACCCUGCUGUGCCUCUAUCUUCUCUUCACCAACAUCUUGCUGCUUAACCUCCUCAUCGCCAUGUUCAACUACACGUUCCAGCAGGUCCAGGAGCGCACGGACCAGAUCUGGAAGUUCCAGCGCCACGACCUGAUCGAGGAGUACCAGGGCAGGCCCCCCGCGCCGCCCCCCUUCAUCCUUCUCAACCACCUGCAUCUCUUCAUCAAGAGGGUCAUCCUGAAGGUCCCCGCCAAGCGACACAAGCAGCUCAAGAACAAGCUAGAGAAGAACGAGGAGGCGGCCCUCCUGUCCUGGGAGAUCUACCUGAAGGAGAACUACCUGCAGGACCAGCAGAUCCAGCAGAAGCAGAGGCCGGAGCAGAAGAUCCAGGACAUCAGUGACAAGGUGGACACCAUGGUGGACCUGCUGGAAAUGGCACAUCUGAAGCAGUCGAGCUCCAUGGAGCAGAGACUGGCCUCUCUAGAGGAGCAGGUGGCCCAGACGGCCAGAGCGCUGCACUGGAUCGUGAAAGCCCUGAGGGACAGCGGCUUUGGCUCGGAGGAGGGCGUCCCCACCCUGGCACCCCAGAAGGCCUCGGUGGGGCGGGACCCUGAGCUGGACAGCGGGCUGAAGGUGGAGGACCCGGGCGACGCCUACCACGUGGAUGCCAGGCACCUCCUCUACCCCAACUGCCCCGUCCAGCGUUUCCCAGUGCCCAACGAGAAGGUGCCCUGGGAGACGGAGUUCCUUAUCUACAGCCCGCCCUUCUACACGGCCGACAGGAAAAACAAGGACCUGGUGGACCCUGUGGGGGACGCCCUGGAGCCUCUGUCCAGGAUCAACUACAAUGCGGUGGAUGGAUGCCUGGACCGGCGCAGCUUCCAUGGGGUCUACACUGUGCAGGAUGGACUCCCUCUGAACCCCAUGGGCCGCACAGGGCUGCGCGGGCGCGGGGACCUCAGCUGCUUUGGCCCCAACCACACGCUGCAGCCCGUGGUCACCCGCUGGAGGCGGAACCAGGACGGCGCCAUCUGCAGGAAGGGCAUAAAGAAGAUGCUGGAGGUGCUGGUGGUGAAGCGCUCCCUCUCAGAGCACUGGGUGCUGCCCGGGGGCUCCCGGGAACCAGGAGAGACGCUGCCCCGGAAGCUGAAGCAGGUCCUCCGGAGAGAGUUCUGGCCUUCCUUCGAGAGCCUGCUGACGCAGGGCAUGGAGGUGUACAAAGGGUACGUGGAUGACCCAAGGAACACGGACAACGCCUGGAUCGAGACGGUGGCCAUGAGCGUCCACUUUCCAGACCAGAGCGACGUGGAGCUGAAGAGGCUGAACUCUCACCUGUACUCCUGCGACGCGGGGGUGUCCAUCCGGUGGCAGGUGGUGGACGAGCGCAUCCCACUGUACGCCAACCACAAGGCCAUCCUCCAGAAGGUGGCCGCCUUGUUCGGGGCCUACUACUAGCCUGGGGACGCAGCCCGGGCAGCUCUGCAGGGGCCGGCAGAGCUGCUCCGUCCACGGCCCGCCCGGAUCAGCAGCCCCUCUUGCCCAGCUGUUGAACUGGGAGGCUUCGGGGUGCCCUGGGAGGAGAGCUGAGCAGGGAGCAGGUGGGCUCCGGCCGCGAGGCAGGGCCUCAGGGUUGAGGUGGCCACGGGGACUCCACCAGCCAACACUGCUUCUCCUGAGCCUGCUGGCGGCCAGUGGACACCCUCCCGGCCACAUCCUGUGAGCAGCAUGUCCACCAUCAGAGGCGUCUCCACCCAAGCCUGGUACCUCCUGGAGAGUCGGGGUUCCCCUGUGGCCUCCUGCUCAGGCCCACACCCCCGAGAGGGCCUCCACCGGGACCUAACUCAGCCCCUUGCCUGGCCGGGGGCGGGGCACCAUGGGACCCAUUUCCCUUGGCUGUCAGGGCUGAGCCCCUUAGCAGGGCAGGAGGCGCAGGCAAGCUCCGGCCUCCUCCCGAAAUGCACAGGUCUCUGCCUGUGUGCUGCCCCGGGACCCAGGCGGGGAGGACGCAGACGCCCCGUGCGGGCGGGGGCUCUCCUGCACAGGGUGCCCCCAACCCCCACCCUGAGAGCCCGGGAGGAGCGGGCGGUAGGUGUGGACUGUGGGGCCACCCAGUUCAGCAUCAGCGACUCACAGGCCAUCAGGAGCCGUGGAAUGUUGUGAAAACCCCACAUUAAAUCCGCUUUCCUACA